AUGAGUGGGAUCUUGAAGAGGAAGCUUGAGGAGGGCCCGUCCCCUUACCUCUCCCUGCAGGGGUCUGAUGAUGACGAGGUUUCCUGCAGCGACAGCGGCAACAGCAGCGACAGUCUCAACCAUCCCGUCCCCUCCGGACUGCUGGACUCUUCUCUGCAGCAGCAGUCAAAGCGACUCCGGGGUCGCAAUGUGCACUUUGAGAGCGUGACAGUCUACUACUUCAACCGGCGGCAAGGCUUCACCAGCGUGCCCACACAGGGCGGCAGCACCCUGGGAAUGUCACCACGUCACAGCGGGGUGAAGCGCUUCACCCUCAGGGAGUUUGCCAUGGAGCAGAAAAGGAGCCACCGCAACAUGCUGAGGGAUCAUCUGAAAGAGGAGAAGCUCAAUGCCAUCAAACUCAAACUGACUAAGAAUGGCACCGUGUCAUCUGUAGAGGCAGAUACCUUGACACUCGACGACAUCUCUGAGGACGACCUGGAUGUGGACAACACAGAGGUGGAUGAUUACUUCUUCCUCCAGCCUCUGACUACCAGGAGGCGCCGCGCCCUCCUCCGCUCCUCCGGGGUCCGACGCAUCGACGUGGAGGAGAAGCACGAGCUGCGUACCCUCCGCAUGUCCCGAGAGGAGUGUGGGUGCCGCUGCCGUGGGAUAUGUGACCCGGAGACCUGUGCUUGCAGCCUGGCCGGCAUUAAGUGCCAGGUGGACCGCAUGUCCUUCCCUUGUGGCUGCACCAAAGAAGGCUGCAGCAACACCACGGGACGCCUGGAGUUCAACCCGGUCCGCGUCCGGACCCACUUCCUGCACACCAUCAUGAAGCUGGAGCUGGAGAAGAGCCGCGAGGAGCAGCAUCAGCAGCAGCAGCAGCAGCCGGAGCAGCAGCUUGUAACCAAUGGCAACGGUUACCAUGGCGACUCCUCCUUGGUCCAGCAGCAGCAGCAGCAGCAGCAGCCGAACCUGCUUUUUCCUCUGAUGAGUAGCACGCCGCACAUUCCCAUCAUGCACCUCCAGAACACAGGCGACACGGAUUCACAUCUAGAUGAAGAAGAGGAAGAGGAGGAAGAAGAGGAGGAGGAGGAGGAGGAAGAAGAAGAAGAAGAUGAGGAAGAGGAUGAGGAUGAUGAAGCAUAUGAGGAAGAUGAGGAUGGCAGCAGUGUUUGCAGCGGGCUGUCAGACUGCAGCACACACAGCUUAGAAACAAUCGACCCCGAGGAGGGAGAGGAGGACGAGGAGGACGAGGAAGACGAUGACGAGGAGGAAGAAGACGAAGAGGAGGAAGAUUGGGAUUGUUCAUUACAUGGAACAAGUCCUCCGCCCUACUCUGUUCCACUUCCUUCUGUGCUGAGUUACUCUAAUAACACACUCAUGAGCCUCAGUAACCCCUUCCACAACACUCCCUCCAUGCAGCACUAUCAGAUAGACAGCUCUGUAAAUGACACUCCUGCUUUUCUCAGUGAAAAUGUCACCGUCACUCCCACGCUCCCCACAGUAGAGACCGCAUUAGAGUCUGAAAUAAACACAGAACUCCACUGCCGAACACUCUCCGACCCCACAGAUUCCCUGACACUCCAAACUUGCUCACAUGCAGACACCCGUGAGACUGACGCUGCACCUGCUGGAGCGGCCGCCAAACAGCCGCUCUCCACAGACCGCCAGAACAAUCCAGACGACCAUGAGUCACAGACUGAGGCUUCGGCUGGGUCUCUGGAGCAGACAGGGGAGGAAAUAAAAGAGCCAUUACAGGAGCGACUGCAAAUGCAAGGAGCCUUGGAUGAUGAAAAGACAGACGCAUCUUUCUCAGAGAGUGUCUGA